AUGACCACCCAUUCUCCCUCAAAAGAGGAUGAACCGACAUCUGAAACCGGCAUCCAGCAAACCAUACUUGUACAAGCACAGGCUGCCGCUACUGCCCAGGUCAUUACUGACUCCACAAAGCCCGCAAGACGUAAGGCCCUCUUGGAUGAGACCGACCUUGUUACUCUUGAUCCGAACGAAGAUGACGUGCCUCCUCCAGCCUACGGCGACGCCUAUGGCGAGAUUUGUAACGCAAAAGACGGCUUGGGUACCAGUGCGUCUGUAACUGAAGAUGGCCGUGUCAACAUUCGCAUCAAUCAGCUCAACCGGCGUUUAUCCCAGGUAUUUUCUCCUGCUUUACAUCAACAAGCUCAGAGUGUUCAAGAAACUCGACCGCCUCCUAUUUCCUACAUAUCCUCUGACUUGGGAGGUGACGGGAUCUCCAAGCCCCCUCAAUUAAACGUCGUCAUCCAAGUUGUGGGCUCCCGCGGCGAUGUGCAACCCUUCGUUGCCCUGGGGAAAGUUCUAAAAGAUACUUACGGCCAUCGCGUACGUCUAGCAACCCAUCCGAACUUCAAGAACUUCGUGCUGGAGAAUGGUCUCGAGUUCUUCAGUAUCGGAGGCGACCCUUCCCAACUGAUGUCCUUCAUGGUCAAGAAUCCCGGUCUGAUGCCAGGCUUUGGCAGUUUGCUAAAGGGAGACGUCGGUCAGCGAAGAAGGGAUGUUACCGAAUACAUUCAAGGCUGCUGGCGAUCAUGCUAUAAAGCAGGUGAUGGAAUGAGUCAUGAUGCUACCGGCGAUGGUACUUCGGAACCUGCAGCAAGCCCCUUCAUCGCCGACUGCAUCAUCGCCAACCCACCAAGCUUUGCCCAUAUCCAUUGCGCAGAAAGAUUGGGCAUUCCUCUCCACAUUAUGUUCACGAUGCCCUAUUCGCCAACACAAGCUUUUCCUCAUCCCCUGGCCAACAUCCAAUCGUCCAACACCGACCCUCAACUCACAAACUAUAUCAGUUAUGCUAUGAUCGAACUCCUCGCAUGGCAGGGACUAAGUGAUAUCAUCAACCGAUUUCGUGCCAAGUGUCUCGGUUUGGAUCCUGUCAGCGUUAUCUGGGCCCCUGGGAUGCUCCAACGUCUCAAAAUUCCUCACACAUAUUGCUGGUCUCCCGCUUUGAUACCGAAGCCGAAAGAUUGGGGUUCUCAAAUAUCCAUCUCCGGAUUCUACUUCCUCAAUUUAGCCUCAAACUACACCCCUUCUCUCGACCUCCAAGCAUUUCUCGACGCCGGCCCCCCACCCGUUUAUAUAGGGUUCGGCAGUAUUGUUUUGAGAGACCCCAACGCGAUGACUGAUCUCAUAUUUGAGGCCGUAAGAAAGACAGGCCAACGUGUUCUUCUCUCUAAAGGUUGGGGAGGCAUGGGCGCAGAUGAGCUACGUAUUCCUGACGGCGUCUUUAUGCUAGGUAACGUGCCACAUGACUGGCUUUUUAAGCACGUCUCGUGUGUUGUUCACCAUGGUGGUGCAGGAACUACAGCGGCAGGUAUCAAAGCAGGUCGACCGACUGUAGUUGUUCCAUUCUUUGGAGACCAGCCUUUCUGGGGCGCCAUGGUCUCACAGGCAGGCGUCGGUCCAGAUCCGAUCCCUCAUAAACAACUCACAGCGGAUAGACUAGCUGAUGCUAUUAACUUUUGUCUGAAAUCGGAAAGUCUGGAACGCGCCAAAGAACUCGCAAGCAAGAUUAUAGCAGAGCGAGGGUGCGAUAUUGGUGCUCAGUCACUUCAUCAACAUCUCGAGGUUAAUCGACUUCGUUGCGCCCUUGCACCAUCUCGAGUUGCUACAUGGCGUAUCAAGCAUACCCAGGUCAGGCUGAGCGCUUUUGCCGCUUGGACUCUGGCGAAUGCGAAUCUCUUGGAUUUUCAUGACUUAAAGCUCUUUAGAUCACGAGAAUACGUUACCGAUGAAGGGCCUUGGGAUCCAAUUUCUGGAGGGUUUGCAGCAAUUUGUAGGGCAUUAGGUAAUAUGGCCAUGGGCGUAGCCGAUUUUCCCUCAGAGACACUCAAGGCUUUACCGAUUCCGUCCACGUCGAGCCGAAAGCAGUCACAGGUUUCGUUGUCGACAACAUCAAGCAAAGGUAAGGCCUUGCGUAUCGGGGGAAGUAUCCCGCUGACCUUCUCAGAACAAAAACGGACAGGCUUGAAUAGCCAAGAAUCUCUUGCUACUGUUCAAAGUCUUCCGAGCCUCUCUGGCAAAGACUAUGAUAUGCUGCGCCAGACUAGAGCGCACACGAGCAAAGGCUUCGGGCGUAUUGUAAAAGCGGCGUUGGAAUCACCAGCGGAAAUCUCUGUGAGUUUUACAAGAGGGUUCCACAAUGUCCCCAAGCUUUGGGGGGAUGAGACCGUACGCCCCCAAGAGAAAGUGACCGAUCUCAAGUCGGGUUUUAAGGCAAUAGGCAAAGAGUUUGGUUUCGGCUGGUACGACGGUGUCACUGGCUUGUUCACUCAACCCUGGAAAGGCGCCCAGAAAGACGGUGCCGGCGGCUUCGUCAAAGGAAUUGGCAAAGGGGUCGGUGGAUUCUUGAUCAAGCCGAAUGCAGCCCUCUGGAGUAUCCCCGCUUACUUCAUGAAGGGAGUAAACAAAGAAGUGCAGAAAUUGUUCGGCAGCACUGUGCAGAACUACAUCGUCGCUUCAAGGGUGACUCAAGGAUAUGAAGAGUGGCUGCAAAGCUCCGAUGCUGAAAAGGAAGAUGUCAUCGUCCGUUGGAAGCUCAUUCAGAAGUACCUCAAGAAGAAGGCUGAUCCUGAAGACAUGAUACGAGAUGUAUUAGAAGCACACCGAGAGAGGGACACGGAGAAAGGGGAGGCUCACCAAGAGGGUGGAGAUACCGCGAGUCCCGCUCAGCCCACCGACGCUAUGAAACCUCAGGCUCAAUAUGCCGAGGAUGCUGUUCCCACCCUGGGUAAUAAUUCUAAGUCCUCUUUCCCCCUCGAUGGAUCUUUGGGGAUGGCUGGCCAUCAGAAAUACCAGGAUGAUCUGCGAGAAGCGAUGGCAUCCAGCGAGACUGAAGCUCAACGACACGCAAGUGAAGCAUUAGAGUAUGAGAAACUCCUAAAGAGCGUCAUAACGCAGAGUGUGAGGGAGCAAAGACAAAGCGAAAACGCUAGUGAACGGGAAUCGCAAAUUGAUCUUCGUGGCAAGAAACAAAUAGAGUGCGAGAGGGUAACAGAGAAUACCGACAAGCGAACGGAGCAGGUGUAUGAUCAGGUACAUCCUCAGGGUGCUACUCAAAGCGCUUUUGUGAAGCAACAACGGAGACAAGAGGGAGAGAAAACAACCGAAGAGAAGACGGAAGAGGAGAUCGUGAUGGAAUACAUCAAGAAAGCAAGCCUCUUGGAAAUAUACCGUCAAGAAGAAGGGCAGGGCUGUGCAACAGGAACAGUGGAAUAG